AUGUAGCUACAUGUAUGUAAUUACGUAAUAACACAUAUAAAUAUCCUUAGAGUACGGAUCCGUAUUUACAUGGAAAUAUGUGUAUUUACUUACAUGUAGCUGUUAUAUUCUACGUAUGCUUCACGCGAUCUUCCGCUAGGCAUCCGAUCAACCACCAUGAGGGCCAGAAUUCGGUUACCAAUGUUGACGGUUCUCUACCGGACUCCGGUGCGGACCUUUUCCCUGUCUCACCGUCUCAACGCCGCCAACCAAAUAUAUUCUUCUGUUCGUCAGCCCGAUAACUUUCACACUUAUCAGCUCUUGUCCUCUUCUUCAAGAACCCCUCUCAUAACCCUGUGGACCACUUCAUGGUGUUCUACAUGCCACGUUGUAGCGCCGCUCAUAAAAUCUGUCAUCGAGUCUGGUGUAGGUGAGGCUGAGGGUGGCGUCGGAUAUUGCGAGGUUGAGUACGACGCUCCCGACGUCAUGAGCAGCUCGCUCGGCAUGGACUUUAUGAUUACUUCUAUACCUACGCUACUCAGUUUCGACGCCGGAGAGGCCCAAAUCAGCACCAAGAUAACUGAUGGAAGGAAACUAGCGGACCGGUCCUUUUUGGAAGAAUGGAUUCGAAAUGAGGCGAGGAGACAUGGCGGCCGUGGCGGUGGAGGUGGAGGUCCAGGGAUUCUUGGCGGGUUAUUUAGUUCGUGGAAAUGAGUACUUGUGACAGGGUCCGUGUAUAGUGUACGUAUGUCGUAUAACUCAAAUACCAGGAUGCGAGAGUUGCUCAGCAAGCUUUAUUUCAUUUUAAACCGAACGUAUCGUCACACAUAUACCAUAGGAUAGAUAUAGGGUCAGCAGACGCAAGUACUAUAUAAGUACAAUCAUAUCUGUACACUUGUAACGUGAAAGGUGCUUAACUCUUUCAGUGCGCUAGAUCUCU